GAAACAAGAUAUCUGUUUACUUCGUGUGUAUGUAUGACGAUUAGAGCCGCAGUAUUUAUUAAACUUUCAAGAUGUAAUUACAAAAUAAAUAAAGCGGAAUCGAAAUGGAUAUCUGUAUAGUGGACUAAAUAUAUACGUAAAUCACGAAAUUUAUUAUAUAAGGUUAUUUUAGCCAUUGACCAGUAUUUGCAAUGAGUAUGUUGGAAAAUGAAGAUUCAGACGCACCCUUGGAGACUUUUUCUGAGAUGUGGUAUAAAAUAUUCACAUGGGCUCUCUUUUCAUCAUUAUUUGUCCAUUUAAUUAAUGCAGCAAUAGCAUUUGGAACACUUUGGAAGCACAAACUUGGUCGUUUUACAGCUGUUGCAAUUUUACUUUUUGGGAUCAUUGCACCAAUAACUGGAGGCGUCAUAACUAGUGCUGCCAUAGCUGGAGUGUAUAGCGCUUCAAGAUUCCAAAUGAUGCCAGAUUAUGCUGCUGUUUGGGGUGCAGGACAAACAUUUUUAGUCGUUGUAAUGUCAUAUACAAGAAUACUGGCUACAUUAUGAUUUUAUAUUUCAUUGCAGAUUUAUGUAUAAAAGAAAUAUGUAUAAAUGUGCAAUAUAUCAAGUACCUCAAAACUGGUUUGUAUAUAACAACAUACUAAAAACUUUCUAUAUAGUUAUUUAAUGUACUCUUAUCCAAAUUAAUAUAUCAGUUUUUUGUUCUCCUUUACUAUUAGAAUGCUACAGAAAUAAACUUUAAAAUUGGACACAUUGAA